CGCAUAUGGGUGGGCGGACUCGGCCCGUGGACCUCGUUGUCACAUUUGGGCAAAGAGUUUGACCGCUUCGGCGCCAUCCGUAAGAUCGACUUCGUUAAGGGCGAUAAUCACGCGUACAUACAGUAUGACAGCAUCGACGCAGCGCAGGCCGCCUGUGCAGACAUGAGGGGCUUUCCACUCGGCGGUAACGAUAAGCGUUUGCGCAUUGAUUACGCCGAUCCGGGCCCGUACUCCUUCAUGUCGCCCACACAUCCCGGCUCAGCCCCACCGCCCGUUGGCGGCAGUGGUAGUGCCGCAGGGGAUCCGUAUCCCCCGUCGACCAGUGGUCGCAGUGUAGGCGCUCGAGACGAUGCGCCCGACGAUUGGCCCAAUAAUCACGGCUCGAAGUUUGGCCCUAAUUCUGGCGAAUUCAACGACUCGUUUGAAAGGAAUUCGUCACAAAACCGGAGCCGAGAGUUCAACGACGACCCGCCGAAGAGGGACCGGGACUUAGUGGCCGGCAAUAGCGGUAAUUACGAGCAGUGGUGGGGCGACGGAGCGUCGGGCGGGCCGUAUUCACCCAACUCUCAGCCCCCGCGUCGACGUCGAGGUACGCCCGACGCCGGAGAACCCGGACAUAAACGGUUGCGACGUAACAGCGGUUCGCCGACUCCGGGCGACGACCGGUCGCCACAUCGGCCGCACUCUAUUGGACGCAAUUCUCCCGCAUAUGAGACAAACGGCAAAGACAAUGACGGCCUCAAAGUGACCAUCAGUGAGACGGUGUCGACGAUCGGCGAAGUAGUUCAUUCCCGUCACGAAUGCUGUUUNGGCAAAGACAAUGACGGCCUCAAAGUGACCAUCAGUGAGACGGUGUCGACGAUCGGCGAGUUAGCCAAGUGUUGUCCGCCCGCGUGGAGCGGCGGCCUUAUGCUGAAGAGUAGUUCAUUCCCGUCACGAAUGCUGUUCUGUUCGGGAGAUUCACAGCUCGUGGAUGUGCUCAUGAAGGAGAAGACACUCCGUAUUACACAACGUCUGAGACUCGAAAAGGGAAAGUUAGAUGACGUGACCAGACGUAUGUCAGUGUCGGGUUCGGGCGGUUAUUGCCUACUCCUCACCACUACUGGUCCGCCGCAGAGCCAGACCCCCAACCAGACGGCCGACGACGGGAGUGCUGUUCAGUUAAGACCGUUGAAGAAUUUGGUGACAUAUUUGAAACAGAAGGACGCGGCGGGAGUUAUAACGUUGACCAGUGCUAAGGACAGUGACGGCACCGCCGGUGGCAAAGACAUGGAUGUGAAGGGUGUGCUCUAUCUGUUCCCGCCGUGUGUCUACGCUAUUGAGCUUUUGCAUAGAGUUGCGCCCAAUCUGUGCGCCGACACAUCGGCCGCCAAAGACGACUAUUUGGUUGUGGUUGUGGUGCGCGGACCCAAUUGA